CAGCCUCUCGCCGUCAAAACACGAAAUUUAGCCCCGAGUGCCCGAUGAUGGGCAUACACGGCGCAUGCAUGACCUCACAGAAUCGUGCUUGAGAGAUAACAAAAAGAAAAGUGAGAGGGGGUACGAGUACGACCACAUGCUAUAGACAGACAGAGGUGCAAGGUCCCCAAUGUCGGCAGCAGGCUGCAGCGCACUAUGGCUAGCCUUCGUCCUGCUACUAGCGCUGGCGUUGGCGCUGGCACUAGCGCUCUCGCCGCCGCUGGCUAAGGCGGGCGGGUUCAGCUGCAGCCCCGGCGCCCGGCCGGUGGUGUUCAACUUCGGGGACUCCAACUCCGACACGGGUGGCAUAGCGGCGGCCAAGGGGCGGCACAUCGCGCUACCGGAGGGCCGCGCCUUCUUCCACCACCCCACUGGCCGGUUCUGCGACGGUCGGCUCAUCAUCGACUUCCUCUGUGAAAGCUUAAACAUAAGCUAUUUGAGCCCUUAUCUAAAGGUAUUGGGUUCUAAUUACAGUAACGGAGUAAACUUUGCCAUUGGCGGUUCAAAAACACUACCGCGGGACGUUCUUUUUGCAUUGCAUGUACAGGUGCAGGAAUUUUUGUUCUUUAAAGACAGAUCCUUGGAACUCAUCAAUCAAGGUCAGGAAACCCCAAUUGAUGCAGAAGGGUUCCAAAAUGCUCUUUAUACCAUAGACAUAGGACAGAAUGAUAUUAAUGCUCUUCUGUCCAACUUGCCUUACGACCAAGUAGUCGCGAAGUUCCCUCCAAUACUUGCGGAGAUCAAGUAUGCUGUUCAGAUUCUGUAUGACAACGGGAGUCGGAACUUCUGGAUACAUGGAACAGGGGCUCUCGGUUGCCUGCCCCAGAAGCUCUCUAUUCCACGCAAAAAUUACAGUUAUCUUGAUCAGAAUGGCUGCCUCAAGACAUACAACAGAGCUGCAGUCGCGUUCAACGCAGCGCUAGGCAGCCUCUGUGAUCAGCUGAAUGUAGAGCUGAAAAACGCGACCGUUGUGUACACCGAUCUUUUUGCCAUCAAGUAUGACCUUGUGGCCAGCCACACCAAAUACGGUUUUGACAGGCCAUUGAUGACGUGUUGUGGGUACGGAGGGCCACCAUACAACUAUGAUUUGAGAAGGAGCUGCCAGUCUCCGAAUGCGACGGUCUGCACUGACGGCUCAAAGUUUGUUAGUUGGGAUGGCGUGCACCUCACCGAGGCCGCCAAUGCCGUCGCGGCUGCAGCCAUACUGAGCUCCGCAUAUUCCAGACCAAAGCUCAAGUUUUAUCAGUUCUGCAAAGCCUGAUAGUUCAUACUUCAUACUAUACUACACCCUCCGUCUAUACUAGAAGCAAAGGCGCGCGCGUUGCCGCACCAUUCUUCUCCUUUUGUCAUUGUAUAUAAAGUUCCUUUUCCUUGUAUCUAUUGUAGUAUAUCUCUUCUAAGAAAUUUGAUAGGUGAAUGACAUCAAAUAUAUACAUCGGAGAGAGUACCAAUAACUUUGUACCGAAGAAGUGUAACUUUGUUUUCUAAGGAAGAAUGCAGUUUGACUGUUAA